AUGAAAUUGGUUGAUAUUUUAUUCGUAUUGAGCGCAGCAGCAACCGCCAAUGCAAUACUGAUAUCGGCUGAUAACAAUGGUUCACCACAAGCAUCAAGCACUUUCAGUCAAGUGUCUGACCCAACUGAUGAACCUAAUACAGGCACUUCCAACGACUUGCAAAGUAUAGUGGAUGCAGUUAAGUUAAGCAUUUUCGACGAAGACUGGCAAAAUAUAUUUGAUCCGAUUGAUCCAAGUACUUCCAGCCAAGACCAGCAACAACCGAUUGAUCAACCCAGUUCAAGUACUUCCAGUCAAGUAUCUGGCCCGACUAAUGAGCUUAUUCUAGAGAUUCCCGACCAAAACUGGCAAGACAUAAUGGAUGAACUUGAUUCAAGCAUUUUCGACGAAAACUGGCGAAACAUAUUAGAUCCAAUUGAUCCAGGUACUUCAAAUGAAGACUGGCAAAAUAUAGUGAAUCAACCCAGUUCGAGCACUUCCAGUCAAGUUCCUGACCCAAUUGAUCAAGUCAGUCCAAACACUUUUGACAAAUACCAACAACAACCAGCUGAUAAAACCAGUUCAAGUAUUCCCAAUCAAACCCAGCAACACCUAAUGGAUGCAACUGAUUUAAAUAUUCCCAACAAAGAUCAGCAACAGCCGAUUGAUCAACCCAGUCAAAGCACUCCCAAACAAAGUCGGAAACGACGAAUUGAUCAGCCCAGUUCAGACACUCCAAAACGAGAUCGAAAACAACCGAUUGAUCAACCUAAUCCAAGUACUUCUGGUAAAUAUUGGAUACCACUAUUUGUUAUAAUUAAUCUAAAUAUUCCCAGUCAAGACCAACAACAGCCAAUGAAUCAACCCAUUCCAAGUACUUCCAGUCAAGACCAACAACAACCAAUGGACCAAGACGAAUCUGCCAAUACUAGUUCAAAUCAAGUGAUUGUAUUAAGUCAAAAAUAUCAGAGAACCUUUAAUCGCAUGAAGAAAAGACUUGAAGCGUUUAAAGAAUUACGAGACAAAAAAUGGCAACAAUAUCGUAGGUAUGUAGACCUUGAAUUCGAACAACAAAUGACGUUAGCAAUGGGAAAAGAAAUAUCUGGAUCAAAAUACGAUCCAAACGUUCAAAAGCAAUUAAAACAAGAGUAUAAAAAGUUGGUUAAAAAAGUAACCAAUGCCAGAUAUGAAUUAAAACAGUUUAUGAAAAAGCAUGAUUUGGAAUUUGAUGAGUCAGACCCAGAUUGA